AUGGCUAAAUGGCUACUCAUCUUGACUUUGUCGCUCGGAAGCCUGUUAUUGGCAUUUAUUAUCCGACUCUUCUCAGCUGUAAUCAGUUGCCGGAGAAACAAGAAGAAAGCCGUGGGAUUCUUCCAUCCGUACACAAACGACGGCGGUGGAGGUGAGCGAGUUCUCUGGUGCGCCGUCAAAGCAAUACAAGAAGAGUCACCCGAUCUUGACUGUGUCAUCUAUACCGGUGAUCAUGAUGCCUCCCCUAAAUCCCUCUCCGUCCGAGCCCUAGAUCGUUUUGGGGUCAAAUUACUCCACUCUCCCAAGGUGGUGCAUCUUUAUAACAGGAAAUGGGUUGAAGAAACCAUGUAUCCUCGAUUCACUAUGAUUGGUCAGAGCUUUGGUUCUGUGUACCUUUCAUGGGAAGCUUUGUGCAAGUUUACUCCUUUGUAUUAUUUAGAUACCAGUGGAUAUGCAUUUACUUAUCCCAUUGCCCGGUUGUGUGGAUGUAAAGUUAUUAGCUACACACAUUACCCAACAAUCAGUUUAGACAUGCUAUCUCGUGUUCAUGCACAAAAUUCUCUGUACAACAAUGAUGCUUUCAUUGCUAAGAGUGCGCUGCUGUCAUGGUGCAAAGUCAUCUAUUACAUGAUUUUCAGCUGGAUGUAUGGAACAGUAGGCUCGUGUGCACACCUUGCAAUUGUUAAUUCUUCAUGGACAAAAUCCCAUAUUGAGAAGCUUUGGGGAAUUCCAGAUCGUAUUAAGAGAGUUUAUCCUCCAUGUGAUACUUCAAGGCUUCAGGUGCUACCAUUAGAAAGGCCAAUGCAAUCACCAAAGAUAAUAUCCGUGGCUCAAUUUCGUCCAGAGAAGGCACACCUCCUUCAACUUGAGGCAUUUGCAGUUGCUGUAAAAAAUUUAGAUGCAGAUCUGCCAAGACCAAAGCUCCAAUUUGUAGGUAGUUGCAGAAAUGAAGCAGAUGAGAAAAGAUUGCAAGACCUCAGGGAUCGAGCUAAUGUGCUGAAGGUGGAUAGUGAUGUGGAGUUCCAUAAAAAUGUGUUGUACAGCGAGCUGGUGAAACUCUUGGGUGGUGCAGCUGUGGGAAUUCAUUCCAUGGUAGACGAGCAUUUUGGCAUAAGUGUAGUGGAGUACAUGGCUUCUGGUGCCAUACCAAUUGCCCAUAAUUCAGCUGGCCCGAAGAUGGACAUUGUUUUACCAGAAGAAGGAAAGCAAACUGGAUUUCUUGCUCAGAGUGUGCAAGAAUAUGCAGAUGCUAUCCUCAAAAUCAUUAAGAUGCCUGAACCUGAGAGGCUUGAGAUGGCUACUGCUGCGAGGAGACGAGCUUUAAGGUUCUCAGAACAAAGAUUUUCUGAAGAUUUUAAGGCUGCUAUCCGACCAAUCUUGUUUCAUACCUCUAGAUGA